AGUGAUUUUUAUUUCGUAAAAGUAUUCCAAAUUCCAAUUGAACGAGAAUUGUUCGGCUUUUAUUAAAAACUCAUAAAAUAUAUUUCCACUGAUUGAAUGGUACAAUAAAUAGUUAUAAUUUAAAAAAAUGGUGAAUUCUAGUUUGGCUUACGAAAUCCUUUUAUAUAUAAAUUCGUUUUAUUUUGGUCUCUUCGCAACCUGUGAGCUCGGAACUCUCAUUCUCAAAUCAGUACUUAUUAUUGAAAAGUACAACGUUGGACAAGAUCCGACUAAACUUGGUCGAGAUUAUGGCGUUCUAUUUGGAUUAUUUGUGGUUGAAGCUCUGAGGCUAUUGUUGGGGCGCAAAGGCAGUCUUAGCGAAAAAGAUAUACCAGUAUUGUUCUCAGUACUACUGACAAUUCCAUCGAUCAUGGGGGUAUUGUAUCUCCUGGCCUUCCAAGUGGUGGUGCUCCGUAUAGAGUGUAUCUGGUGCACUCUAAUGCUGUGUUUACAGGUUUUGGAAUUUAUAUUUGCUUCUAUGUUCAUAGUUACAAUGUGUAGAGGACCAUCAUAUGAUUAAAUCAUGCAAAAAAAUAUUUUUAGGUAAAUUUUGCACAAAACUGAGCAAAAAACUAUAAAAUAAAAUACUAACUUAUAUGUUUUAAAGAUAUAUUUCUAGUCAUUUUUUUUACUGAUGUUUUAUCUCUGCUAAGUGAAGUGUUUAAUGUCUUUUGUCUUUAAAUAUUAUACUUAAAUAUAUACUCUAUAUUAACUGCCAAUAUUAUAAUCAUAUUUAUUGUUGUUAACCAGAGUUAAACUAUUAAUUUAAUUGAAAUCUUAAA